ACCGAGUUCCAGUUGAUUCAACACUCUGUGUAAAGUUCCGCUGUCAGCUACACCGCCGAUUCGAAAAUUCAUCUCUUGGAAACAAAGCAUACACAGCAGUAUUUUUUGCAGAGUUUUGGGUCUUUGGAAGGGAGCAUAUUAUAAUAUAUUUUUGUUGAUUCGAUUUCAUACAAUGAGCUCUCAAUCAUUGAAACGGCGAACCAGAAUCAGUUUGACGUCCUUCCUUCUCUUAAUCAUAGGAUUGGAGAUUUUUACAGGCAGACCUAUUGGUGUUAAUUUCAUGGCGGAAGCAAAUUCAGUUGGUCCUCCUCAUCGCAAGCUUCUUAAUCAAGGCAGACCCAUUGGUCUUAAUUUCAUGGCGGAAGCAAGUUCAUCUGUCAGCGGAAACACAAAUAUUGGUCCUCAUCAUCGCAAGCUUCUUAAUCAAGGGAAUGAAGUGGAAACAAACCGGAUAUGGGGUGACAAGUGUUCAAAAUCAGAUAUAGUUAUAAAUCAGGGGCCCACAGCGCCAUUACCCAGUGGUAUACCAACCUACACAGUUGAAAUUAUGAACGUAUGUGUGUCUGGCUGUGACAUUUCAGGCAUCCAUUUGAAAUGUGGCUGGUUCAGUUCUGCUCGUCUUAUUAACCCUCGUAUUUUCAAAAGACUACGUUUUGAUGAUUGUCUUGUCAACAAUGGCAAGCCGCUUAUUAAUGGCCAUACUAUCUCCUUCCAAUAUGCCAACACUUUCCGUUACCCACUCACUGUUUCCUCAGUUAUCUGCUGAUACAGCUUGAUGGGUCUAAUAACAUACACUUUAACACUCGUUAAAAACACUUAAAACAAUGACAGAGCUAUUAAUAGCAUUUAGGGAAUCCCUAUGCUUUUUUUUUUUUUUUUUUAGGCUUUAGAAGAUUGAGAACAAGCUGUUCCUCGAAUUGUGUUCCUAAUUCUAUAGGACAUCUUGUUUUGGUAGAGGCUCUUAGUUUUCGUUCAUAUUGUAGUGACUAACUGAGGAAGGCAUUAUAGAGCUGUAUUUUUUGGAUUUUGAAUGUAAAGUAUACAACUCUUCUUUGAGUGGUUCUGGCUAUUUGGAGCAGUAUAUAUGCGCAGAAUGAA